AUGUGUGAUAUUGAACUUGUUGACAUUCAAAACAGAGAUUGCCUUCGUGCUCAAAGAAAAGAAAUUACUGAUUAUAACAAAACUUUCAAACCACAAUAUAGUGAAUCUGAAAUUGUUCAUGAAGCUAGAAGAUGUUUAUAUUGUGCUGAACCAAACUGUAUGAGAUGUUGUCCAACACAAUUAGAUGCUAAAAGAAUGGUUCAUGCUGCUGGAGAACAUAAUUUCUAUGAAGCUGCUCGUGUUGCACUUACUGCUAACCCACUUGCUCUUUCAUGUGGACAUCUUUGUAGUGCAGAAGAAUGUUGUAAAGCUGGAUGCAACUUGUCCAAAACACAUGCUGGUGCUAUUGAUAUUAAUGCAAUUCAAGCAUUCUCUCUUCAGAGAUUUAAAGAAUACAGAAUUAUGCCAACUAUUGGUAAUAUUCCAGUUAUUGAAAAGAGUGUUGCUAUUAUUGGAGCAGGACCUGCAGGACUUGCUGCUGCUUCAUUCUUUGCAAGAUGUAACUUUAAGAAGAUUGUAGUUUUUGAAAGAAGUGCUCAUUUAGGAGGAAUUUUAAGAAAAGAAAUUCAAGAACAAAGACUUGCUAAAGAAGAAUUAGAUUUUGAAAUUGAAAUGAUUAAAGCAUAUCCAAAUAUUGAAUUUAAAUUAAAUUCUUCAGUUAGUGCUAGUGAUAUUGCAGGUCUUAGAAAACAAUAUGAUUAUGUAUUUGUUGGAUGUGGAAGACAAAAACCAUACACUUUUGGUGAUGCACCACUUGCUCGUGAUUUCCUUUAUGGUAUGUCUGAUAAUACUAUUGAUGUUAAAGGAAAGACUGUAGCUAUUCUUGGUUCUGGUGAUGUAGCUGUUGAUUGUUGUGAAGCUGCACAAGAACAUGGAGCUUCUCAAGUUUUAUUAGUAAUGAGAGAAGAUAUUAAAACUGCAACUUGCCAUAAAAAAUCAAUGAUUGGAGUUAUUGAAAGAAAUAUUGAAAUUAUUCCAAAAGUUCUUCCACAAAGACUUGAUGCUAAAGGAGUUAUUUGUAAAGAUCUUUAUGAUCCAAAUGGAAUUGAAAGACUUAUUCCAGCUGAUAUGGUCAUUUGUGCUUUUGGUUUUGGACCAGAUGCUUCAUUUGUUGAAGGAACUCCUGAUGCCAAUGGACUUAUUAUGAAAGCUGAAAAUGGACUUGGAGCAGUUUAUAUUGGAGGUGAUUAUAGAAGAUCAUUUUCAAUUGUUGAAGCUGUUCAUGACGCUGAAGUUGUUGUUGCUUCUAUUGCUAAAGAACUUGGAGUUGAUAAGAUUCCAAAAUUCCAUACUCCAGUUGAUGACGUUGAUAUUUCAGUUACUGUUGAUGGAAUUAAAUACGAAAAUCCAUUUGGUAUUUCAUCUGCUCCAGUUUCAGGAACUUAUGAUCAUUUGAAAAGAUGUUUCCAAGCUGGUUUUGGAUUUGCUCUUACUAAAACAUAUCCAUUAGAAAAAGAUAUUCAAAAGAAUAAUCAUAUUAGAAUUGUUAAAGUUUAUGAUUCACAAGAAUCCACUUCAUAUAAUAAUAUUGUUAUGAUUUCUGAACAUUCUCAUCAUUACUGGCUUGAAUCAAUUAAAAAAUUAAAGGCUGAAUUCCCUAAUAAAGUUGUUAUUGCUUCAAUUAUGUGUAUGGAUAAUGCUGAUGAUUGGCAUCUUCUUGCUAAACUUUCUGAAGAAGCUGGUGCUGAUGCUCUUGAAUUGAAUUUCUCUUGUCCAAAUGAAUGUCAUGGUAAUGAUGGAAAUGAAGGUGGAUGUGAAGGUGGAUUUAAAUCUCAUAAUGCUAUGGCAAUGGCAAUUGGUGUUUCACCAGCUGCUAUUGAAAGAUGUACUAGAUAUGUAGUUGAAUCAGUUCAUAUUCCAGUAUAUCCAAAACUUACUCCAAAUGUUGGUAAUAUUGAAGAACUUGCUGCUGCUGCUAUGAGAGGAGGAGCUUCUGGUGUUUCAACAAUUAACACUGUCUUUGGUAUCUCUGAAAUUACACUUUCUGGUCAUCCAUGGCCACAAGUUGGUGUUGAAAGAAAUACUAUUUCUGGUGGACUUUCUGGUGAUCUUGUUAGACCAAUUGCUAUUAGACAAAUUGCUCAAGUAUUACGCCAUAAUGAAAAUGUUAGAGGACAUCUUCUUGGAAUUGGAGGAGUUAGAUCUGCUGAAACUGCUAUGCAAUUAAUUUAUACAGGUGCUUCAGUAGUUCAAAUGUGUUCUUCAGUCCAAAAAUGGAGUUAUGAUAUUGUUGAUGAAAUUAUUUCAGGAACUAAAUUCAUUUUAUAUUGUUGGUCAAGACCAGAUCUUAGAGGUUAUCUUAAUAGUCAAGGAGUUGAAAGCUUUAUGCCUUAUGGAGAAAAGACUCCAUUCUGGACUCUUGAUAAUAAACAAGAUAAACCAGUUCCAAAAUUGGCUGAAGUUACUGGUAUUGCUUUGAAACAUAUUGGAGAAAGAAAGAUCCUUGAAGGACCAGAAAAAUGGAGAGUAAAUGCUCAUAUCAAAAAUAAUUGUAUUGGAUGUGGUUCAUGUGCUUUGUCUUGUCGUGAUAAUUCCACUACUGCUAUUGUCAAGGAUGGAAACAGAUAUCGUGUUGAUGAUGAAAAGUGUAUUGGAUGUGCUCUUUGUUCAUCAGUAUGUCCAGUUAAUGCUAUAGAAUAUGUGAAGGUUAAAGGUUUGAAUGAAAUGACACCAGAAGAACUUAAGAAAGUUCCAACAGCCUUCUAA